CCGAAUGAAGUUAUACGUCUCUGUGAAGUUACACUUCAAAGGAUGCUAACCGUUUCUCGGUCUGACAACUGUAAUUUCGCAAAACUCGUCUAAGCUCUAAAACCUCCCCAACAAUUUCUAAGCGUCUGAGCAACUAUCGUUUGUUUUUUCUUUUAACACAAAAUUAAGAAAACACAAGACGAAACACACGGCAACUGGUGUGAAGCUGUUUAUAGCUCGACUGAAGCCGCGUACAUACACACAGACGCGGGGGCGGGGAGUUUUCAAGCGAAGAGAAUUCACUCGCAAUACAAAUCCGGGCGGAUAUAUCGUUGGUGACAGCGGAAACGAGCAUUCUCGCUCUUCCAUUCGUGUCUUCGCAUUCGCAAACCUUCUUUCGGAGUUCACGUGUCUUUGCGCGUCGACGACCGGCCGAUGUUGGACGCGUGUGUUCUAAGCAGUGAGGAAGAAGAGGGUGACUUCAUGGAGUAGCCGUGAGCUUAGUCUGCUUCUGACCGACUGUCCUGGUCUUUCUGUGGGUACGGACACUGAGCUGUGUCGCAUGAGGAUGCAGGCGAAGGAGCAGCAGCCUGCCGACAGCGGCGGCAGCAGCAGCGGUGACAGUCUGCAAACAAAAAGACAACUCAAAAGCUCAUCAUGCUUCUCUAAUAUCAAGAUAUUUCUGAUAUCGGAAUGCGCCCUCAUGUUGGCACAAGGCACUGUCGGUGCGUAUCUGGUGAGCGUGCUAACCACAUUGGAACGGCGCUUCAAUUUGCAGAGUGCCGAUGUCGGUGUGAUUGCAAGCAGUUUUGAGAUAGGCAACCUGGCACUUAUCCUGUUCGUCAGCUACUUUGGGGCAAAAGCGCACCGACCACGUCUGAUAGGCUAUGGAGGCAUCGUCAUGGCGUUCGGUGCCUUCCUCUCGGCACUUCCAGAGUUUCUGACGAAUCAGUACGAGAUAAGGGAGAUGUGGAGAACUGACUUGGGUCGGGACUAUUGCAGCAACACCAGCAGCGAGGACGUCCAGUUUGAAGACGCAAUGUGUGCCAACAAGGCCAACACCAACAUGAUGUACCUGCUGUUGAUUGGAGCCCAGGUCCUGCUGGGGAUCGGAGCUACACCUGUGCAGCCACUGGGAGUGUCCUAUAUCGACGAUCAUGUAAAAAAAAAAGACUCCUCACUCUACAUAGGAAUCCUGUUUUCCACACUGGUGUUUGGACCUGCCUGCGGCUUCAUCCUUGGCUCGGUUUGCACCAAAUUCUACGUGGACGCCAUCUUCAUUGACACGAGCAUCACUCCAGAGGACCCGCGAUGGAUUGGGGCUUGGUGGCUCGGCUUCCUGCUGUGCGGCGCCUUACUUUUUUGCUCGGCCAUCUUGAUGUUUGGCUUCCCGAAGUCACUGCCGAAUGGGGACAAAGACGACGGGUUAGACAGCGAACAGGUCAUGCUGUCGCACUCCCUAAGUUCAGACUACGAAACUCCAAAGCCCAGCAAUGGAGUGAUCUGUAGCCCUGAGCCUGCCAACAUCCCUACUUGCUUUCAGCAACUCAAAGUAAUCCCCAACGUGACCAAAUGCCUCCUGUCAAACCCGGUGUUUACCUGCAUAACCCUGGCUGCUUGUAUGGAGAUCGCAGUUGUGGCUGGUUUUGCUGCCUUUCUUGGGAAAUACCUGGAACAGCAGUUCAACCUCACCACCUCCACAGCCAACCAGCUUUUAGGUAUGACUGCUAUUCCCUGUGCGUGUCUGGGGAUUUUUUUGGGCGGUCUGCUGGUAAAGAAGUUUGACCUGUCAGCGCUCGGAGCCAUCCGCAUGACGAUGUUGGUCAAUCUCAUAUCGACAACUUGCUACGUCUUCUUUCUCUUCCUCGGAUGUGACACUGGCCCAGUGGCAGGAGUGACAGUGACAUAUGGCAAUGAGUCACUACGCGUGGGCGAGAAACCAGAUGCCGAGUGCGUCCGUCACUGUAACUGCUUGACAUCCUCCAUCAGCCCCGUGUGCGGCUCCAAUGGCGUCACGUAUCUGUCUGCCUGUUUCGCAGGCUGCACACAGACGCUCCCUCGAACCGCAUUUAAUGUCUCCCAGAACCUGACAGGAUGUAGUUGUAUAUCGGCCCAGAGUGCGUUAGCCACAGCGGUUCCAGGAAAAUGCGCUGUGCCAGGUUGCCAGGAAGCUUUUCUCAUCUUCCUGUGUAUCAUCUGUGCCUGCAGCCUGGUUGGAGCAAUGGCCCAGACGCCAUCCGUCAUCAUCCUAAUCAGGACCGUGACCCCAGAGCUGAAAUCCUAUGCCCUCGGAGUGUUGUUUCUCCUGCUGAGACUUAUUGGAUUCAUCCCACCUCCCCUCAUCUUUGGUGCUGGGAUUGACUCGACUUGCCUUUUCUGGAGUUCAGACUGUGGUGAAAGGGGUGCAUGCCUGCUCUAUGACAACAUGGCCUACAGGCACCUGUACGUGAGCCUCGCCAUCAUUUUAAAAGGAGUAGCCUUCCUGCUCUACACCACAACGUGGUACUGCUUGCACAGGAACUACAAGAAGUACAUCAAAUCUCAUGACAACCACCUGGGUCCCAAUGAGUUUUACCCAUCACUCAACGAUGAUCCCGAACUGCUUAACCAGACCAAGUUAAUUUCCACCAUAGAGGACCAUGAGAUUUGUGAGAAUAUGGAGUCGGUUUUAUAAUUUGUAUGAAACUACGUGACAUUCUUUUACACAAAACAAAUAAACGUGACCUUUCACAUCCCCUUUAGGUCAGCCUAAAAAAUGUUGCACUUGGCUCCAUGGAAAGCAUCUACUCUAUUUUGGGAUAAAAACAUAUUGCUCUAUUUCCAUUUGGCCCUGCAAACUUCCUCCUUGAUGACUCUGUAUUGUAUUUUUAUCAUCUACCAUUUUAGAUCCCCCUCCCUCCCCCAAACAGAGAAUAUUUUAUCUGUAGGACUAAAAAGAUGUGGUUUCAGGAAAAAGUCGCUGCUAUUAAGACCUUUAAAGACAACUUGACAAAACUACAACUCAGUACAUCGCUAAUCUUCAGUUUGACAGGUGUGUUGUGCCAUUCUUUCUUUGCUCAUCUUACAUAAAACCCAAUAGAACACUGCUAAAAUUAAAAAAAAAAAAAAAAAGGUAUAUAUUUUUUUACUUCUUCCGGGAGCACGGGUUUAAAGCUUCAAACCAAUUACUGUAUAUGCAGUAUGAAAGUUUCUGGUAGUAUGUAAUUUGGUGCCAGAACUGAGAAUAGAAUACUUUUUGUCAUGGAAUAGUGGAAGAGCUGAUAAAGCAAUAACCUCAAAGUCAACAAUGUUUCCUCCACAGACUUCUGGUGUUUCAGGUUGUAAAUGGAGAACUCCAUUUAUUUCUAGGGAUGUCUGAUAAUAUCGACCAAUCCAUAUGAUCAGCACGAUAUUGGCAUAAUUAUGCAAUAUCUGUAAGAAUCGUUGUUGGUUUCUCCUCCAAUAAUGAAAACCCGAUAACGCAAUGCCUGGGUUUCGUCAAAUGACGUCUGCCCUAAAAAAUAAGAUGGGGGUUAAACUAUGGGCUAUAUAUGAAAGUAGCCACUAGAUGGCAGCAUUGCAGCUCAUUUAAUUAAUCUAUUUGAAUCAGGGGGAUUAUAUGCCGAUUGAUGUUCCCAGCAACUCAGUACAGUGGUUUGUACAGAUAAAUAAAUAAAUACUGCCAGCCCUAUAUCAGUAUGGGUUGAUAUCGGAAUUGGAAAUUAAGUGUUUGGACAAUAACGGCAUAUUGGAUAUGGGCAAAAAGUUAAAAUCGGACAUCCCUAUUUACUUCCUAUCCCAGGCUCAUGAGUUUGACUAAAUGUUUUGUGGUUGUUUUGUACACUUAUUUAAUUUUGCCAAGUAAUUGUAGAUUGUAACAUUAAGGGUUUACACUGUUUGCAAAAGGUUUUUAAUCCAAAGCCACAGUUACUUCUUGGGUUAUUAAUAGUGACCUACACAUGUUCCGCUGUCAGUGUAUUCAGUAAAAAAAAAAAAAGUCUUGCUAAAAAUCUUAAAGAUACAAUUUUGUUUAAUGAUGUCCUCACUGUACUGAAAGUGUUAAUGUGCAAUUCGUGUCUGACGUGUCCAUAUUUACUGUAUUACCUGUAUGGUGUCCUACGUUAAGGUUUUUUUUUUUUUUUAUAGGGCUGUCAUUUGAUAAAUCAUGAGGUAGCUGUGGAUUAAUCACGAUUAACCUCGAUUAAUUGCCAGACCCGAAAGACAAAUAACACGUAGUAUUUAACAAUGAUGUAAAGAAAGCCGCACAAUAAUAUUACAGGGUUUUCAUUACUGUUCAUCUUGUCGAUGGUUUGUUGAAUGUAUUGAAAGUUGCCUUCAAAACUUUCAGUGAAGAUGUCUUCAACAAUAUUCAUACGUAUACAGCUUGUCAGCUGAUUGACGCCGUUACAACGUGUGUGUAUCAACUGCAUUAGAGAUGAGUGGAUAGGGGGGCGUAAAUAUUGGAUAUACAAGGCAUGGGCAAACUAAGGCCUGUGGGCCGGAUGCAAUACCCAUGUUUCCCCAAUAGAUGGUGUAGAAAAUGAUAAUAGCAUUUGAUCUUUUUAGCCUUUAUGCAUGACAUGCUUACAUGUCAUUUAUCUUAAUUUGCACGAACGCUCCAUCUAUCUGCUCCUGACCCAUAACCCCUGUUCAAUUUCAGGACAAUUGUGGCCCGCGAGUGAAAAAGUUUGCCCCACGCCUGGGAUAUACCAGUACACGUCAGUCUGCCUGUGUGUUAAAAAUGCACAACAAUUUUAAUCAUAUGCAAUUUGACAGCCCUAGUUUUAUAUUUGCAGUCUGGGGAAGUUACAUGUUUGUUGUUAGUUUGUGUUUGCAGAAUGUAUUCAGCUUGUUUUGUUAUACAAUACGGUUACUUAAGAAUAUUUGAUGGCUGUCAAUGUUUUACUUUUUGCACAAAGGAAGGGCAGAGAAAAAAUGUUUUUUUUUUAUUUAGUUCUAUGCAUUUUUGACAAUUAAAAAAAGUAAUAUAUAUAUAUAUUCCUUCAAGUUCAGACCGUUAUAAUGCAAUGUUUUGAAAAGAACAUUAAUUUAUAUAUAUAUGUAUAUAUACUAUAUUUCAUGUAAAUAAAGCUGCACCAUUUUGACGCUGAA